AUGAUGGCCACCGAAUCUACAGAAGUCACGGACACAAUUCCGUCUUCAGAAGCGACUGCUCCUCGUCAGCGACCUACUGAAGACGUGGGAGUGGUAUCCGAAGAAUUGUGGGCAGAACUCAACGAAUUAGCUUUCACGAUGACAGAUGAUGAAGCAGAACGUAUUUAUAGGCGACGCGAUGUUACCUCCGUUCUGGAGCCAAAAUGCGACCGUUGUAUGGUUUACCAGGGAAUGUGUACCGAUGCGCUCAAAUCCGUUCAUAGGUUGUCUGCUAUGGUCACUGAGUUGGAGGAACUAAGGCCGCAAUGUGAGGUUCUUAAAAAACAAGUUGCCGAAUCGCAAAUUCAAAUUGAAGAAAGUUUGCAAGCUGAACAUGUGUUAAAGACUCGAGCAGAAACCGCAGAAGCAGAAGCUGCGCAGGCUAAGGAGAAGUUUGAUGCGCUAGAAAAAGAUUUUGAUGUGAUGGCGAAGGCAGCUGAAGAGGGAAAGAAACACGCUCACGAAGCAAACGCUUGGCGAGUGAAGUAUGAAAGAACAUCGGAGUUGUCCAUAAAAAUCCAGCAAAAACGUAAAGCUGAUAUGGAGAACUUCGACAAGGUCUUCAACCUUGCGAGCGGUUACUAUAAAGAAGUGAAACAUCUGACGGCUAGCAGGAGUGCUAUUAGGAAGGAGUUCAACAAACUAUCGAAACUUGUUAAGACCUAUGUACCCGUCAUGUUCAGUGUUAUCAAAAGUGCAAUGUCUUUACCGAUGUUCAAAACCGAGUUGCCAAAUAAUAUACAGCAGGACGCUGAAAAGUUAUGCACCGGUGAUGUAGAAAGAGCGUUCGAGCUCGAUUAUCCAGAUCACUGCUCUGACACUGAUGAAGAUGAUGAUGAUGGCAUGUCCUCGGAGCUGGAGAGAUUAGUAGGAUGCGUGAAACUUACUAAGAAGCCUGUCGAAUCCAAGUUGCCCUGGAAACCGUCACUGACCGUCACAGUGCCCCGCAAGGGAGAAAAAGUGCCAGUGCAACCUGUAGAGGAGCAGUCUUCCAAUGUUGCUGACAUUCCUGCGAUAGCCACUGUACCAGAACCAGAGCCACUCCCUUCAGUGAUGGAGCCAGGCCCUUCAGAAUUGGUGGAACCGAGCAUCGAGCAGUUGGGCGAUGAGGAAGCUGACGCGCUUCUUGAAGUUGGAGCAGAAGCUAUAACGAUGCCUGUACCGCGUUUGUCGACGAGAGGUGGGCCAAGAGGGCGAGGACGACGAGGACGAGGAGCAAGGCAGACACCCGCAUCUGCAGCGCAGCCUCAGGCACUCGAAGUUUUCGCUGUAAAUAAGAGCUAUGAAGAGAUUCUGGCGUCCAAGCUCAAAAGAAAAGUUGAUGUUCCCGAAACAACGGCUUCAACGUCUACUAUGAAGCACAUGAGUAUUCAUGGAAAGAAGACGAUGUCGGUACGUGAACAACAAGAAGCCCAAAUGAAGAUAUCUGUCAAGGAGAAGGUGGCUUUGAUGAAGAAAAAGGAAGAGGCAGAGCGUGUCCGCACUCUUGACGAUGAUAUUGAAGGCGAUGACGCUUGCAGCCCUGCCGCAGAAGAGGCAGCUGACAACGUCGCACCUGCUUCAAAGGCUGUUGAAAGCGAAUCUCCUAAAAAGUCAACAGUGGAAGAUUUCUCUAUAGCAAGAAACGAUUUGCUUUUAUCCGCCUCUCCGUCACCUGCAUCCAGUGUAAUUGAAGGCGAGGAAGGUGCUGCUGAGAGGGAAGAGUUAUCAGCGCAAGUUCCUUCUCUCGAUGAAGAAAAGUGCGAAGAAACUGUGGUACAGGCUGGAGAUGAUGAAAUUGGAAUGGAUACCGUUGGACCAGCAGCUGCCGAAAAAGGAGAUUCAUUUGAUGCAAGAGAGUCUUCAGCAACACAGAAGAGAAAACCCACCCUAGUUGAUGUGGCUAAAGACCUGAUAAUAGAUUGUGACAUCCCAAUCAGUUUCAUAGAUCAAAUACUCGAUAGUGAAGGCACUGAAAAGCCUCCGGAAGCCACGUCUUCGCCUUAUGAGGAAUCGAAGAGUCGCGUAACUACCCAAAUUGAAAUUGAUAUGGAUCUCGACUUGGCGGAAUCAAGUGAAACGGCUCAUACAGAGGAAUUCUUAGAAGGAGAAGAAAGAGGGCCAGAACUUAAUGUUGUUCUGAAUUCUGCUGAGAGCUCUGUUCCCAUAGUUGCACAACCUCCCACUGAGGGUGGAGAUACAGCGAGGAAUGAAGAGUUCACCCUCACGGUCCAGGAAAGUGAAGCGGUCACUGUGAAGAUGGGCCCCAAUGUUAUAGGGGAAAAGGAGGUGGAUGGUGCUGCUCAAAAGGAUAUGGAUCGUUCUGAAUCUACAGUUGAGCCUGUUGCAAAUAAAAUGGCGUCUAUCUCCAGCGCCGCCGAAACCGAACCAAGAGGUGUUGAAUGCGGAAAAGAAGAAUCGGUUAUGUCGAAACCAGCUUUGGCAGGUGAUACCAAGCGAGCCAUAGGUUUUGCAAGGCGUUUGCUUGUGGAUCUGGAAGAGAUGCUGACUCCGAUUCAUGGGGGUGAAGAUGGUGAGCAGAUGAUGUCGAUACCCUCUAGUGGAAAGGUGGUUGCGGAGCAAUUGGAUGAGUCAAAGACAAGGCCUGAAGGAGCAUCUUCAUCACCAGAAAAGAACAGAUCACACGUUGAUGAAGAAGCAGAUGCUUCAAGCUGUACUGUGGAGAAAGUCAUCGAUGCGACCCCCGUGACAACUCCUGAAGUCUCUGAGAAUCUCUCUAACAAGUCGCCGAGUAAGCGGCAACCCCCAGUACGUCGUUUGUCAGCGAAAGAUCGUGAUCUAGCAAUGCAACUUCACGCCCAAUUGAACCCCCGUUCCUUACGCUCUCGAAGGGAAUCGGAAAGUGACUCACAGAAUCCGCGGAGCGCUUCUGUGGAGCAUGAUACUACUAUGAAGCAUGGAAGGAGAAAAAUGCGAACUUUGUCCGAUUCACAAAAAAAUGACGCAGAAAUGGCGGGUUCGCUGGAAAUGGUUCUAAAGAAAAACUUAUCGGAGUCGAAGGACAUGGGUGGGACCUCUGCUCCACUUGGCUUUGCAAUAGUGGCGGAAAGUAAAACGAGUAUUGAAAGGGAUACUGAAGCCAGGAGCGAACAGACACCGAAGAAAAUAAGGGCUGAUGACGUUUCUCAUGAUGUUUUGGCUAUUGCGUGUGACAACUCAACACAAGAAGGUGAUGUUGUUAAAAAAUUGCCGACUCCGGCAAAAGUUUCUGAGACCACUACGGACCUCUUCGAUGAGAUCCUAGCAGGUGCACGUUCAAAUACAACUUCUCAGAGAAAGGUAGCAAAACGUAAAAAGGUGCCGGCACCGAAAAAAGUGCACACUUCUGGCGAUCAUGCUUCAAAAUCGAAACUGGCGGAUGGAGAAAUAAGCGUCGGACCCUCUGUCUCUCAAGAAAAUAAAGCCUCAGCUGAUACUUCGUGUGUAGUUGAGCGGGAGUCUACAGAGGAAGCUCCCAGUUGCUCAGAGCCAGCUCCGAAUAUCGAGGUUCAUAGCAGACUGCUGUCACCAUCGUCUAGCCGUGAGUCUGUGAAAGAUAAGGGGGCCUCCGACUCCAUGUCCGUAGCUGGUAGAACCAGGCAUGGUUCAACGGGCAAACGUUCAACGACAAAUGUUGAGUUUGAUAGUAGGCAGCAACCGCAGGUGCAAAAGCAGCAAUCAGAGCAAGUUACUCCGUCGAAACAGACUGAAGAGAUGGCAGGUACACCAAGAAAGCGUAAGCUUGACCUAAAGAAGUCGACAACGACAGAAGAAGCUCCUACUGAAUCUCUUACUGGAGGCCUUGAGUCAUUUGAACACAUGUCAUCACCGCGGCGCACUCGUGCGAGUGGGCUCAGAACAAGCGCUGUGAAGUUUUCACCAGAGCCCACUCCGCCUGCUCGAGUCUCUACAAGAACAGAGCCAUUGGCACCGAGAAAACGACGAUUGGAGGGCCAUCCUUCUGUCGGCAGCUUGUCGGAGUCUCAGAAACCAGAAGAGAGGAAACGUCGUUUGGAAGAGGAAAAAGUCUCCAAGACGACUACGAACAUUGCACGCAAAGGUCCACAAGACGAUGUGUCGUCUCCUAAAGCCACAAAAACAGAAUCAAUGAAAACGCCUCUUCAGGCCACGAAAUUGCGACGCCAUGCUGACGGGAACGCUACUGAAGCGUUGUCUAGUGAGGGCCCACCUUCUAGGGUGACAAGAAGAACAGGGCCAGUGGCACCGAGAAAACGUCGUUUCAACGAAGAUGAUACUGGUAUCUCGAAACCAGAGAGCAAUGUAGCGGAUGUGGUUGGCGCUGCGAGCGUUUGCUCCCAGGAUUCGAUUUCUGCAUCAGGACAGGGUAUUGCGACGAGAAUCGAGGAGCAACAUAAUGAGCCUACGACCAGCUCUCAGGAAAGUGAUGAUGAAGACCGGCUUUGCGUAGCGGAAGACGAGGCAACUGAAAAUGCGGAACACUCACCCUCAUCUGCUCCUAUCUGUGGUGAUGACGAAAUGCAUCUGGUGAUUGACGACGGCGAAGAAGAGCGUCUUGUUGUUCAGGAUCGUGAAGAGCAACGUCUGGAUGUGGACGAUGAAAAGACUGCCGAAAAAGAGAAGAAUGUGCAUGAUAAAGCAGAAACCUCUGAACGGGUGAGUGAAGAUAGUGUGAAUAAGGGCUUAGUUGGUCAAGAGAAGACUCAAACUUCUACUUCUAACGAGGACGCUGCUGGGAGUGCAGAUGAGCAGGCCGUGCUGAAACCCUUAAAAGUGACUGGAAGAGGUACCACCGACAAGGCUAAAAAGUCAAAAGUUCUUCCUGAAGCUGGCAUGCGUCCGGGUGCGUCGAAAUCUACUUCUCGGAGCAUGGGAGCACUCGGUGCGGCCAAGCGGUCGGUGCCAGAUUUCAAAGCCGGACCAGCAGCUAUGGAAAAGUUCAAUGCUACCUUGAGCAGACAAUUGAAGAGAGGGCAACCUAAGGCGCCAAUCGCUGCGUCAUCACGCACUGCGAAACCACCUCCGUCGUCGGAAUCGCCUAUAAAGGUGUCAUCUACCACCAGAUGUGCUCCACCUCGUCCAGUUAUCGCCGCUCCUGCUCGUGGAUUGAAGAGGAAACGUGAAGAAUCCUUGAAGAAGCUGCUAGAAGGAGCCCUGUUAUCAGAACAAAAAAUCGAAGUUAUCCGAAACAAUCUUGCCGAACAUUUGGAGGAGAUAUCGAAUAUGAGUCCCCAAGUCUUUGCGGUUGCGAUGACCCAGUGUUCUUUGAACUUGCAUUCCGGCGAUAUGUGGACAAUAGUGCAGAAAAAUUGUAGGGAUUGCGACUCUUCUCACAUCCGCAAUACAAAGGAGGAUACGUUCCUUCAGAAUUGUAGGGAGCUGGGAGGCAAAGCUGAAAUUUGGCUGCAUUACGUAGAAAAGAUGAAGUUUGUUUUUGCCACUCAAAACCCGAACCCAAUUUAUUCUGGGCGUUAUAUCCGACUUUUCAUGCAGGCAUUACGUGAAACGGGUGAUCUUAUCAGUUGGGACGAGAAAAAGGAUUGUCUUCGCACCGUUUUGACUAUUCUUUACUUACAAGACAUUAGAAUAGCUAUCAAAGCAACAACCUUUGCGCUAUUGACUCCAUAUUACAAUCUGUUAGACUGGAUGAAAGACCGGGAUUGUCCGUUCUCAGUUCUUCUGUCACUAGCUGUGACGACGGCUCAUAUGGAAGGCAAAGUUUUGCUGUGGGCGUGGUUCCAGCAAUUCGCAGAGGAACUUCCGCUGCAAGAUGUUUCUACCGAAAAUGUCAAGAAAGCUUUUGAUAAUCUGAUAACAAGUUUGGAUGAAUGUGCUGAAAAACGAGCCCAUCAGAUGGGAAACGACACACCGAUUCCGACCACUUUUGAAGAGAAUGCGCUCUGUAAGUGGGCCAUAGCGUACCUAUCACCAUGCAACGGCUCUCAUGUGAAUUUGAGAUUCACUUUAAACUGUCUGAUGAACACUUGUAUCAGUUGUAUCAAAAUGGCGAUGAAUCCGCGCGCACUUGGAGGUAACAAAGCUUGGUCAGAUGUGUACAAGGUCAGCAAUCGUUCGAACCUAUUCAUCGGUAUAACCAUGUGCGCAUUGUCAUACAGAGAUGAUCUGAGUGUAAGCCGCGAUGUGUGCGAUUUAUUGAACAACGAGAUCCCGUUGAUUCGUGAGGUUCGUGAUGAGCUUGCUGCAUUGACGGCAACAGAUAGACCGUGGGUUAAUGUAUAUCGCGAUAUUGUUGGGAACUUGAUAACGUUCUUACAAAUGACAUUGAAGGAGUCUCACGAAGCAGGAAGUGUACACGUGGGUGUACAUGAUGAAGAAUUGUGGCAUCACUUCGAGGAAGUUUUCGAGGAACAUUGGCGCGCUCUGGUGACAUUUUUCGCUCCGUUGUCGUUGCUCACUUCACGGAACAUCCACUUUCAAACUGAUUAUUGA